AUGAACAUAUUUCGUUUCUGUCUUGUUAUAUCCUUCUUAUUAUUAAAAAAACAUAAUGAGAUAGGUUCUAAAUUAAUACAUCCACCUAUUAAUGUAUACUAUAAAGAUUAUUCUGAAGGACUAAGUAUAAAUCAAAAAGAUAAGUUAAUCGAUAUAUUGUUACAUAAUUAUGAUAAUGAAUCACAAGAUAUAAUUUCUUCAAAUGAUAAUCAUAUAAAUAUAAUGGAUGAUAAAGAAAAAAACAUACAAGCUAUAAUGAAAGACCAAGAAAUGUUGAAUAAUAAAAUAAAAGAAGAAUUAAACAAAUAUAUUAAAAGGAAUAAAAAGAUGAAUGUUAAAUAUGAUCAUAAAAAUAAAGAUGAUAAUAUAAACUCAAAUAAUAAUGACGAAGAUAUGAAUAAUACCAAUACGUUUGAUGUUAACACUCAAAUAGAAGUGCCCAUAAAUUUAGUAAAGGAACCUAUAGUACUUAUUAAAGUACCUACCAUAGAUUUAUUUGAUAAAAUUCGGAUUGAAGAGGAUAUACUUAACCUCAUGAAUAUAAACGAAGAAGAUCUUUUCAAUUAA